AACCGAUAUUCAUCUAAGCAGAGAAAUUAAAGGAUAAUGAAAAGGAACGUGUGGUGCUGAAGAAACAGCUCGAACGCCAUGUCAGAUUCCCAUCCGGCAUAGUAUAUGUAUUGAUGAAGAGGAAGAAGAAAGGUAAAAGAUGGUGGGUAUGAGCUUGGUGAGUGUGAAGCCAAGUCCUCUCCAACCCCAACUCCCAUCAUUGCGUGGUGGAGUCAUCCGGCGGAUUCGGUGUGGGAUAGCAGAGCCAUCUGGUGAACCAGCUCCUUUAGGACAAAAGACUCGCUACAAGGACGGCAUCUUCGCGAAGGCCUUCAUGACUCUGUUUGCGCGUAAGAUGGAGAAAUAUGCUGAUCCACCAGGCAGAGGAAAAGCCACAGCGAAGAAGGAUUGGUGGGAUUGGGGGUAUGACUAUGAGAGUUUCGUUGAUGUAUCAAAAAGGGUAAUGCAGCGCAGGUCUCGUAUUCAGCAGCAGCAAGUUGUUCGACAAGUUCUCCUCUCUAUGCUUCCUCCAGGUGCGCCUGCCCAGUUCAGGAAAUUAUUUCCGCCGACAAAAUGGGCUGCCGAGUUUAAUGCUGCAUUGACCGUUCCUUUCUUCGACUGGUUGGUUGGCCCAUCCGAGGUUGUGGAAGUAGAGGUAAAUGGAGUGAAGCAAAAGAGUGGAGUACAUAUAAAGAAGUGCAGGUACCUGGAGAAUAGUGGCUGCGUUGGAAUGUGUGUCAAUAUGUGCAAGAUUCCUACACAAGAUUUUUUCACUAAUGAAUUUGGACUUCCCUUAACGAUGACUCCUAAUUUUGAAGACAUGAGUUGUGAUAUGGUAUAUGGGCAAGCCCCACCGACAUUUGAAGAUGACCCAGUGUCAAAACAACCAUGCUAUGAGGAUAUAUGUUCUAUGGCAAAAUCAAGUUCUAUUGUGUGUCCUAAACUACAGGCAUGAGAAGGCACUUCAUUCCGAUAUAAUUUUUCACAGCUAGCUUCUAUGUUUACCUGAGGAGCUACCUGUCUACAAAAUUAGGCGUUUACAUUCACAUACGGGAGGAUACUGUCUACACAAUAUACUGCAUGUAAAUUUGUAAUUAUACUGUUAAAUAUCACUAUUGCUAGAUUGCACAACAUUGUUGGCCAAAACUACAUGUUAUUUUCUUCUUUUUCA